AUGAGUGCACUAUUGGGCUCCGCCUUGUUGAUGCUCCUUGCGAGCAGACCGGCGAUUGCUGGUUCGUUGAAAGAUAUCGAACAUGUGAUCAUCUUCAUGCAGGAAAACCGAUCAUGGAAUAACUAUUUUGGCACCAUGGCCGGUGUUCGAGGCUUCAAUGACCCGAACGUGCAGGUGAAUGCCGACGGGCUGGACGUGUACCACCAACUCGUUGACUCGUCCAUGUCUACUAAGACAAAGACCCUCCUGCCGUGGUACUUGGGAUACCAGGGUGGAUCCUCGGUCGACGCCAUGCAGUGCAUGACCGCAGGAUCUAACGGCUAUGAGGAUAACCAGGCCGCCCUCAACCAUGAUCUGAACAACAUGUGGGCACGCAACAACACCCCUUGGAGCUGGGGAUAUCUCAAGAAGAGUGAUAUCCCUGUUCAGUUCGGUAUCGCCGAGGGUUGGACCGCCGGAGAUAUGUACCAAGAAUCUCAAGUAACCUCGACGAAUCCCAACCGUGUCACGUUGGUCAGCGGCUCUAUCAAUGUGCCGGGAAGUCCCCAAAGUCCCGAUCAGGGCGGUCCUUACCUGGAUAAUAAUGAGACUCCCGGUUGCGAGAGCAACGACAUCAGCUGCUACCCCCUGAAGUGGAAGACUAUCUAUGAUAUUUACGAAGCCGCCGGUGUCUCGUGGCAAGUAUGGCAGGACACGGACAACUUCGAUGACAACCCUUUGGCCUGGUUCGAACAGUUCCAAAACGCUUCGUCCGACUCGCCUCUUGCCAAGAAAGGUCUUUCGUACCUCGGCCUCGAUAGCUUCUACGAUUCAGCCGCCAAUGGAACUCUUCCGGAGAUUAGCUUCGUUGUUGGCCCUGCUGAACUGUCCGAGCAUCCUCCCUACAUGCCCAAGGACGGCGCAUGGCUUCAGAAGCAGGUCGUCGAUGCGGUGACGAGCAGCCCCAAGUACAACUCUACUCUGUUGAUAAUCAGCUACGACGAGUCCGGUGGCUUUGGUGACCACGUUGUUCCCUUCCACUCGCCUGAAGGCACCCCCGGCGAAUGGAUGAAAGACCCGUACGGUAUCUUUGGAAACAUCUACACCGGUCCGGGAUUUCGCGUUCCCUUCUACAUGGUCUCACCCUGGACCCGUGGUGGCCGCGUUUUCACCGAGCGCGCAGAUCACAACUCUCAGAUUUUGUUCCUCGAGCAGUGGCUAGAAGCUCGCGGCUACACGAACGUGCAGACACCCGAGAUGGUUCACUGGCGUCGCGAGCACAUGUCUAACCUCGUCAACGCCCUGGAUUUGGAUAACCCGGAUACCAGCUUGCCCACGAUCCCCGAAGCUGAGACCCCCGAAAUGGCGUUCGGCAAGUACACCGGAACAUCAAACUGCGAGGCGAAAUACCCGACCCAGCGUCCUACCGUGCCGUACGGAAACCAAAGCAACAAGACUAACGCCUUGUGGUUUGAAGAGGGAUACAAGGAAGUCAUCGGUUAUCUGACCGAGGGUCGCUACCUGACCUUUGAGAGCUCUGGAGUCGCACUCGCCAACUCUGGAAAUGCCAGCAAACUGAGCACUACUGCCGCUGUUGCGGAUCAUAGCGACCUGCACCAGCGCUGGGUGGUCCACUACACCGCGGAUGAGGAGAGCCAGAUUUUCCAAAUCUCCAGUGCUCUAGACGGCAAGUUCAUUGGCGCAAAGGGAUCCCUGGUGACCGGUAGUAGGAAGGCAGCAAACAUCACGAUUACCUUCCUUGGGAACGGAAAGGGCUAUUCCCUCCAGUAUGGGGAUGGAACCGCUGUCGGAGCCCUCAAGAGUGGCUGCAAGAUCUGGAGUGUGUCCUACCACUAA